AUGGCUACCGACGCAGCCGGCGUUGACCGCACACGCCCGCUCUAUACUGUCACCAACACGGACAAGAAGCGGGUGGCAUACUUUUACGACUCGGACAUUGGCAACUAUGCAUACGUGACGGGCCAUCCGAUGAAGCCACAUCGUAUCCGGCUGGCGCAUAGUCUCGUUAUGAACUAUGGGGUCUACAAGUUCCUCGAGGUCUACCGAGCAAAACCGGCCGUUUUCAUGGAGAUGACACAAUUCCACACCGACGAAUACAUCGACUUUCUCCAAAAGGUCACCCCGGACAACAUGGACAGUUACCAGCGUGAACAGAGCAAGUACAACGUUGGUGACGACUGCCCAGUGUUCGACGGCCUCUUUGAAUUCUGCGGCAUCAGUGCCGGAGGCAGCAUGGAGGGCGCCGCUCGCCUUAACCGAAACAAGUGUGACAUUGCGAUCAACUGGGCUGGAGGCCUGCACCACGCCAAGAAGAGCGAAGCUAGUGGCUUCUGCUAUGUGAACGAUAUCGUGCUCGCGAUUAUCGAGCUUCUGCGAUUUAACAAGCGGGUCCUCUACAUCGACAUCGAUGUCCACCACGGUGACGGCGUUGAGGAGGCAUUCUAUACUACGGACCGGGUCAUGACGGCGUCCUUCCACAAGUACGGCGAGUACUUCCCCGGCACGGGCGAGCUGCGAGACAUUGGCAUUGGCACGGGCAAGAACUACGCCGUGAACUUCCCCCUCCGCGACGGCAUCGACGACGAGACCUAUAAGACAAUCUUCCGACCGGUUGUCACGGCCAUCAUGCAAUACUUCCAGCCUGAUGCAGUGGUGCUGCAGUGCGGCGGCGACUCUCUGUCAGGUGACCGCCUUGGCUGCUUCAAUCUGAGCAUGCACGGUCAUGCAAGCUGUGUGGAGUUUGUUCGCAGCUUCAACUUGCCCAUGCUCGUUGUUGGUGGAGGUGGCUACACGAUGCGGAACGUGGCCCGGACGUGGGCCUUUGAAACCGGAAAGCUCGUUGGUGUCGAUAUGGACCCAGUGCUCCCGUACAACGAGUACUACGAAUAUUACGGACCUGACUACGAGCUGAACGUUCGGUCGUCUAACAUGGAGAAUGCUAACAGUGCCGAGUACCUCGAGAAGAUCAAGAUCGCGGUGAUUGAGAAUCUGAAGCGGACUGCGCCAGUUCCAUCGGUGCAGAUGCAGGACGUGCCUCGCCAUGGGCUAGGCAUGACGGACGAGGAGGAGGCAGAGCUGGACGACCUGGACGAGGAUGAGAACAAGGACACGAGGAUGACGCAGCGGCAGUGGGAAAAGACCCGUGCCAGACAGGAUGAAUUUGAAGAGAGCGACGACGAAGAGAUGGCACAGGCGAACGGGGUGAACUACGACGGGCCGCCGAGAAGGUCAAUUCUGGACUACCGCAACCCUCAUGCAGAGUACGAUACGGACAGUGGAGUGGCGACGCCCGAAACAAAAAAGGAAGGCAGCGAGAUACCGGCAGUGGUAGAGGCGGCAGUCAAAGCGACGGUGGAAGUCCCAGAAACCAACGACGUGGCAAUGGAGGAUGCAGAGGCGGCACCAGUAGCUGCUGAAGAGGGGGAAAAGAAAGACGAAGAGACUGCUCCUGGUUCGAAUAGCGCUGUUGCUGCUGCAAGUGCUGCUGUAUCAGCAGGUGACAGCACUCCUGUCGUCGAGAAGGAAGCGAGCACAGCCGAAAAGGCAGCAGAAGACGGCGACGUUGAGAUGACAGACGCAGUAGAAGAGGCACCUGCGACGUCGGAGACUUCAGCUGUGGCCACGGAAGUUAUUGAGAAGGAGGCCGUCGUCCCCGUAGAGGCUGUCGAGGCAGGCGAGACCAGCAAGACGACUACAUCUGAUCUGACCGCCGCGCCCGAAUCAGAAGCGACCAGCAAGGCCGAUGCAAAGGCGGUCACGGAUACUGCUACGAGCGGUGCUGCGGAGACCGAAAUUACGCCUGUUGCCGAGACGAGCGAGACGAGCGAUACGAGCGAGACGAAGGAGACGAAGGAGAAGGCGGCAGAAGAGAAGACCACCGAGGUGACCAUCCCCAAGGCUGUCGAGCAGGAGAAGACAGUCGAAGACACAACUUCCAAGAAGGAGGAUGCCGAGAGCACGGCAGUGAAGGAAGGGGAGGCGUCAGUCGAAAAGAAGGCCGACGAGGAGAAGGCAGUGGAGGAGAAGAGCAGCACGCCAGAUGCGAGCGAGGCCAAGGUGGUCAAGAAGGAGGACGCAUGA